CUAGGACGCAACCGGUUCGCCAUCUUUGUUCAAACGUCGCACAUCAAUCUCGGUCUAGAGAGCAGCGUUUUGCUUUAAAUAAAGUUUGAUUCAUUUUUUUUUCGGCAAUUAUUCUUGUGAAAAUCAGUGAAAAAUUGUUGUGAAAAUCAAGACCAUUGAAGUUGAGAAGAAAAUUAAAGAGCGUUGCCAAGAUUUCUGACAACUUUGAACAACAAUAAACCAUAAUCAUGAAUUAUGGUUAUAAUAAAUACAGCUCAAAUAUGAGUCCACGCGGUCGAGGAUUUAAUUCUCGUGGAGGAAGUUCGUACAGAGGCCGUGGGGGUGGAGGUGGUGGAGGCGGAAGAGAUUGGAAUAAUUCAAAUUCCGGUGGACGUGGUAAUUACACAUCUCGUGGUGGUUUCAAUAAAUACAAUUCCAAUUCGAACUAUGAUUCUCGCAAUAAAUAUAAUUCUGGUGGAUCUGAAAGAUACUCAAAUAGAGGUGGAAGAGGUGAACACUCGAAUGCCUACAAGCGACCACGUGAUUCGUAUUCCGGACGAGAUGAUCACAGAUCAUCCAGUGAUUCUGGCCGCAAAAGAAUGAGGAAUGAUUCAUAUCAGGGUGGUGGUAGCAGCAGUUCGCAGAGGUAUUCGGGUUCUUAUGGUGGUUCAUCAACAUCGGGACAAUAUGACGAUAAGAGAUCGUCAAAUUCAACGUACGAGGAGAAAAGGCAGAAUGAACGUACAUCAUCCUAUCAUCGUUCGGAAGACAGGCAUUCUGCAUCGAGGAAUUAUACAACACCACAACCACCACGCAUUAACGAUAUGGCACCGCCGGCACCAAGAUAUACUUCCAGUCGUGGAAGAAUUUCCCGUCAGACCUCGAGUUAUCGGGGUCGUUCAUCGACACGUGGCAGAGGUGGCGGUGGAAUUCAUCGUGGUUCCCGAUCGGACAUCAUCUUGUCUCGGAAGCGAACACUCGGCACGCUUGACUAUCGACGCAAGCUGCUGGGUUCACGUUCACGAGACUACAUCCAGCGUGUGCGCAUGACAACAACCAAGAUGCGCAGGAGUAGCGGUACUACUAGGCUCUCUGGUAGUAAAAAGGACUCUGCACCCAGCAUGAAGGACAAGGAUAGAAUGGCCAAGGCUAUUAAUGCUGAAUUUUCUGACGAAGACGACGACGACAACCGGAGUAACUGGGAUGAAGAUGAAAAGCCACAAGGUGAGGAUGAUGAAAAUGCUGAAGAAGAUGAGGACAAGGCGAAGAAGGAGGAAAAAAUAAAGCCUAAGCAGGAAAGAACUACUGAAGACGAGGAGGAAAAAGACGAUGCAGUAAAGGACGAUGAGGAAGAUCCAAAACCAGAUGAAGACGACGAAGAGGAAGUGGAGGGUAAAGAGGAGGACAACAAAGAGGAGAAUGCAAGAUCAGGUUCUGAUGAAUUGCCAAGUCGACGUGACGGUAGACGUUUUAUAAAAUUGAUUUGCGUACAUUGUCAACAUAGAAGUGUUACAUUCAAGGAAUAUUCAUUGCAUUUAUAUUCGGGUAAACAUAAUUCAGCAAUGAGACGCGUUGCCGCCAAACAUAAGGCAAUGUUGGCACGUAUGCGUAUUGUUCAACGUCAAGAGCAACGUCGUGUUGAAGCACGAGACGAAGCACGUGGCACACUACCAUCGAGAACAAUUUUCUGUCCAGUUUGUAAACUUAAUUACAGAUCACUUAAGGCAGUGCACAAUUUGUCAGAUUCACAUAGGCAAAUUAAACGUUUCUUGACGCCAUUCUGUCGUGUUUGUCGCAUUCAAUUAAGAUCGCCAAUGACAUACGAGACACAUGUCUGUUCACUGGAUCAUAUUAGGAAGAAGAAUCUUCAAGAUGAAACAAAGAAACGCGAUGGUGAUGAAGUUAAUUCGAGCGGUGGUGAAGAUGAGGAUAAAGAGAUGAAUCUCGAAAAUUUCAUGACACUUGAUUCAGUGGGCGAUGUUGAUGCUGAAGAAGAUGAAGAGAAUGGCGAUAAGAAAAAGAAGGAAAAAUCAGAAGGCGAAGGAACUGAUACGGAGAAAAAGGCAAAAACAAAGCAAAUGAUUAAAGUUGGAUCAGAAUAUAUAAAACGUGUUGAAGUACAAUUUUGUGAAUUGUGCAAAGUUUAUUUGCCACGAAGCGAAAAUAAUGAGCGCGCUGUCGCUCUUCAUUGUUCCACUCGCAGUCAUCUUAAAAGAUAUGUACGUGAUAAUGAUGACAAAGCAUUGAGACGACAAGCUGAACGAAUUCAUCUUCAAUCAUCAUCGUCAACGACAACAACAAAUUCAUUGAAUACAAGUGAAAAUACAAAAGGUGGUUCAACAAAUGCCGAUCAGCCAAAUUCCGAUAGUGUUGCAUCGGGUAAUGAUGAAACAAAAGCAUUAUCCGAUAAUGGCAAUGUACACGAGUCAAAGGACGAUGAGGAAGAUGAAGAGGAAGAAGAAGAAGAAGAGGAGGAGGAGGACGCCGAGGAGGAAAGUGAAAAAACAACAAAAAAUAAUAGUAAAGAAAAUGAAGCCGAUGAAGAAGAUGAAGAUGAAUAUGGUGUUGAUAGUGGUGAUAAAUUAUUUGACGAUGUAGAUAAAGAUUUGGGUAAUAUAUUGCGUGAAGCUGAAACAGGUGCAAGAUCAAGUGACGACGAAGACUCACGUUAUGAUCGUUUUCGUAAUACUGGUAAAAAACAACAUGCCAAAGAAAAAAAUGGAGGCGAUGGAAAACAACAAAACGAGGAUAAAGAAACGAUUGUAAAAAAGUCAGAAACUAAGCCGAAAACUGUGGCCUAAAAAAAAAGAAAAA